GAGAGAAUCCCAAAAAUGACAACCAGAUUGCAGGGGAGCAGAGCAGAGAGUGAGUGAGAGAGAGACUGGGAGAAAGAAAGAACUCAACAACCCCUUCAGUUUCAGAGAGAGAACAGAGAAUAUCAGCCAGCGCAUGUUUUAUUUUACAGCUUCAUACUCGGCAUCUUGUGGCAAAUUCCGACUUUAGAAAUGUAGUUGGAUACAAAGAAAACCUGAGAAGAGUACACCAAUGUGUUUUUGAAAACAAAAGCGUUAGCAUAAACGUUUCCUGUUUCUUGACAUCGUAGUAGAACGGAGACCCCCUUGGUUUGAACUCUGCGCUCCUCUCCAGUUUUGUGAAGAUCACUGUCUGCUGCAGUCCAACCAUCAAGAUGUGUGACCUCAUGCCAGCUUCGCAACCUACUGAAAAAAUCGGCAAAAUGAAAAAGUUGCGAAGAACUUUGUCAGAGAGCUUCAGUCGCAUAGCUUUCAAGAAAGAGGACAGUGGCUUUGAUGAGAUAUGUGUCACAAAGAUGUCCACACGCAGCGGCCAGGGAAAGGACUCGGUCAUCACGCCCCUGGACACCAUCCCUGAGGACAGGAAGGUAAGGGUUCAGCGGACACAGAGCGGUUUCGACGCCUUCGAGAAACCCGCCAGCCAGGUGAAGAGGGUGCACUCAGAGAACAAUGCCUGUAUCUCCUCCAAGGCCUCUUCUACUGGGAAAGAGUCGCCCAAACUGCGCCGACACUCCAGCCCCAGUUCUCCCACAAGCCCCAAGUUCGGGAAGGCUGAUUCCUAUGAGAAGCUUGAGAAGCUGGGAGAAGGCUCGUACGCCACAGUAUACAAAGGGAAAAGCAAGGUGAACGGCAAGCUGGUAGCCCUGAAAGUGAUUCGUCUACAGGAGGAGGAGGGGACACCGUUCACCGCCAUCAGAGAAGCGUCUCUUCUGAAAGGUCUGAAGCACUCCAACAUCGUGCUGCUCCAUGACAUCAUCCACACCAAGGAAACCCUGACGCUGGUCUUUGAGUAUGUGCACACAGACCUGUGCCAGUACAUGGACAGGCACCCAGGAGGACUGCAUCCAGACAACGUGAAGUUGUUCCUGUACCAGUUGCUGAGAGGUCUGUCCUACAUCCACCAGAGGUAUAUCCUGCACCGCGACCUCAAGCCUCAGAACCUGCUCAUCUCUGACACUGGAGAACUCAAACUGGCCGACUUCGGUCUGGCACGGGCUAAGUCAGUCCCCAGCCACACCUACUCCAAUGAGGUGGUGACCCUGUGGUACCGCCCCCCUGAUGUCCUCCUGGGAUCCACAGACUACUCCACCUGCCUGGACAUGUGGGGUGUGGGCUGCAUCUUCAUCGAGAUGAUCCAAGGAGUGGCAGCUUUCCCUGGGAUGAAGGACAUCCAGGAUCAGCUGGAAAGGAUAUUCCUGGUCCUAGGCACCCCCUGUGAGGAUACCUGGCCAGGGGUCCACUCUCUGCCCCACUUCAAACCAGACAGCUUUACUGUCUACAGUUCCAAGAAGCUCAGACAAGCAUGGAAUAAGUUGGGCUAUGUGGACCAUGCUGAGGAGUUAGCCUCUAGGUUCCUCCAGUGCUUCCCAAAGAACCGUCUGUCUGCUCAGGCAGCUCUCCAGCAUGAGUACUUCAGCCACCUUCCUCCACGGCUCUGGGAGAUCUCAGACAUGGCUACUAUAUUCACGGUACCAAAUGUCAAGCUGCAGGUGGAGUCAGGUGACAGUAUACAGGUGUGUACCAGGACCAUCUCCAGCCAUGCUAAAGGACCAUCCAGCAGCAAACACUGACCGGGGCAGACUGCCCCACAGCUAGCCAGGUUGCUGCUGUGGUCAGUCCAAGAGAGAAGGACAAAGACACUGAGAUGGAGGAACCACCGGGAUCACAUUCCCUCUUCUGUUUCUUUAACGUAUUACCUUUCCAACCGUGUGUGUGUGUGUGUGUGUGUGUGUGUGUGUGUGUGUGUGUGUGUUUGUGUGUGUGUGUGUGUGUGUGUACAUUUUGGUGGGUGACACCUCCCAAUUUCAGUUUUAUAAUUUGCCAUUUUUGUUGACUUUUAUAAUGUUAUGAUACUCAUAUAUCGUUGACACAUUUACAAUACACUUAAUCAUCAAGAGUCUUUACAAUACUAUUGAUACAUACUGUGGCUUGUGUUUCUAACUACCUAUGUGAGAAUGUAUAUUUGUAUGUACAGUAUACUCAUAUUUAGAAAAUAUAUCACGGACUCCAAGAAAGCUUACAUUCUUUCACUAACAUGCUGCACUUGCAUGUAUUCACGCACGCAUGCACAAACUCACACGUACACACACACACGUACACACACACACACACACAGAUACACACACACACACAGAUACACACACACACUGGACAGUUUCACUCAUACUCACAACACAAACUUGAACUGAGAAUGACAAGCGGUGGUAAUGUUUCUCUUGAACUUUGAACUGUUCCUCCUCUGUAACUGUCAGGCCAGAGUCAAAUGGCAUCAAAUAAUAAUAAUAAUCAUAAGAGCAAUGGUAGUAAUACUGUAAUAGUGAUACUGGUUAUAAUAAUCCGUUAGUCUCUGCUGGAGAUGAUGCAUACACACAAAGCAAUGAGCGUCGAUGACAUCGUGAAGAGUCACAUGUUAUAUGGUACAUUCGCUGUGGUUCGUCUCAAGUGUAUGUGGGUGUGUUAUAUCUGUGUGGUUGCAAACAUGGGCAAUAUGGGCUAUACCCUUCAUUGGUGCUUCCAUGUAGGCCAUGAGGUACUGUUAUCUAUACCGCAUCCUGUUGUGCACUGUAUCUAGAUGGUAAAACACAAUGGCAAUAGGCUCAGUGGGAUUUUGAUCUCUUGGUUACUUCGACCCGUGACAAUCCUCUUCUCCUUCACGUUCUUUGAUAGCGUCACCAUCCAGUAAUGUACUGUAUUUCAGUCAUCACAAAUGUUAUUAGACGAUUGCGUCCUCGUCUGUUUGUCUCAGCUAUCACGUUAAUAAAAAUAUUAGCACUUUUUAUGAUAUCGCAUGAUAUUGAUCUAACAAAUACUUUUGUUUCUUGGGUACUAUGUUACAUUGGUUGGUACAAAGAUGUCUUUGUGUUCGAUUUUCAGCUGGGUGUUGUUUUGUGUAAAAAUACCUGCUCAUAUUAGUCAUGUGUGAGCUAGGUAAUAUAGCAAUGACCAGUAACAUGGAGAAUAUGGGUUCCCGUUUUAUGGAUUGAUUUGAAAUCGACCACUAAUCUGAAUUGCCUGUACUGUGCACAAGUAGAGGAGGGGGAGGAGAGUUAUGAGUUAGACAUCAUAGACACACACUACCUAUCAGGAGAGAUUAGUUUUCUUAAUCCACAUUGACACCCUUAGAGAGACAUGUACACACACACACACACAUGAAAACACAUGAGAGACAGUCACAGGUAUAAUACUGUAGACACUUGGCCACACACAGUCCUUCUCCACCCCUGCCUCACCUGCUAGUCUAUCAUAGAGGGAGAAGGACGAGGAAGAGGAGGAGGAGACAUUAAAAAUAAAUGACUCUUGUAGAAGGCUUUGACAUGAUUCGGCAUAUGGCCAAGUCCGUGUAAUGGUACAGCUUUAAUUGUCCCACCAUCUCUAGUGGUGUUUGGUGUGAUAUAGAGCAGGCGAGGCAACGACAGAGAAACACAGUGAUAGUGACGACUUGUGUCAUUAGCUUUUUGAGAAUGCACUUUUGGAAUAUAUUUGCCCUACUGUACAUUCCAGCUUAUUUAAAAUGUCACUUUUUGCACCUGUGUUGUCCUUAAUCACAUGCCCUUGCCUGCACAGACUAGAAAUAUCAGUGCCCUGCCUUGUCAACCAUAGUAUAGGCCAACAGACCCCAGUUUCCAACCCCAGUGAUGCACAGACUUUUUAAGGAAAACUACUACAGACACUUAAAGUGAUUUCAUAGGACUUCAGUGUCAUUCCUGGUGUGACAAGUGAUUCUGUGUCAUGGUAGUGAGGAAGGGAGGAGAAUCUAGAGUGGCGUCUUAAUGUGACUGAAGCAGUGUGACAGAGGAGGGCUAAUACCAGAGAGCUCUGCUGAGAUAGAUCGCCCAGCUCGCUCUGCUCGGCCUUGCAUGGCUUUAUGCUUUCCUGCUUUCUGUGUUUUCUGUUACUCUCCUGCUUUUCCCCCCUUUUUAUUUUGUGCCUUUGUGUCCCAGAAGUUUCUUCCUUUGCCGCCUGCCUGCGACAUCACAUAAACAUGAAAAUACUGUAUAUGUAUUGGACUGCCUGCCUGCCUGCCUGCCUGCCUGCCUGCCUGCCUGCCUGCCUGCCUGCCUGCCUGCCUGCCUACCUGCCUGCCUGCCUGCCUGCCUGUGUGGGUGGAGUUCCUGAAAGCUCUUUUUUUCUCCUUUGGGAAUUAAAAGCAUUUCUCUAUGAAGGGAAAUCUUGGAAAAUAAGUAGUGAAAUUGCACAUUGAGCACUGUGACGGUCCAAAUAAUUAACAAUUGAAUGGGGCCCACUAUCAUUUGAAUGUUACCAUUGGUUCUUGCUUGUUAAGGUCAACUUCCAAAUGUUUUUAAAAAAUGCAUUUACAAAUACACCAUUCAAAUCUGAAUUGGGGAAUGGCUUAAGAUUGAUCUGCUUGCUAUACUGGCCAUGCUACGGAAUGUGUACAUUUCGAGUCAUAUUUUGAGUUACAUGUCAAUAUUUAAUCAUUUUGUAUCCUUUGUUAUAAACUGUCUUACUAGGCUGUAUAUAAAAGGGGAGGUGAAACGCCUUGUGUAAAAUGUAAUAGUGACUAUGUUUGCGUACAUACAGGGUCACGCGUGUCUCCUUUGCGCCAUAAAAGAGAGGAUUCAUAUUAAAUAUAUAUGGAUAUAUACACAUACAGUAUUUUUUUGGCCUUGUCAGUUUCUUAACUGCGUAGACGUACAGUAUAUGUUGGGAAAGGCGUUUUGGAACCAGACAUGCAACCCCCGCUGUACUCAACACUGAAUCUGUGUUUUACAGUACAAAAAAAAACUUCACUUGCGUAUCUAUUUUUUCUUUUUUGUAUAAUGCUCUGAAAAUACAUCAUUUUUCACAAGUGGUUUCGGACAUAGAAGAACUGUUACCGGUCACUUUAUAAACUGAAACUUAGGAUAUAAUAGUAGAAUAGCUGUUGCAUUACCUAUUUGUUACGACCUGUAUGUAAUGUUAUUAUGGAAGAUGUAAUGUCCUUCUGUAAAUGUUGUUUAUUGUUGGUUUACCUGAAAUAAAUAAAGUUUAUUAAUGCUUCAAA